AUGACGACGCACCAUAUGCUUUGUUGCUACUGGUACGAACAGGUACAGUACUGGUACCAGUUUCUAUCAAGCUUUAUAAAGUCUCCGACUAAGGAGAUACAUGUUGACGAACCGGAAGUUGACAGUUCGGCGGAACUAGCGAAUGAAGAUGUUUCAGAUUACGAUUCUGAAGACGAUGAUGUGCAGCAUUGGUGGGACGGAGUUGAAAUUCAAGAAUGCAUCAGAUGUUGGGCAUUGAGCACACAUCAAACGCACCAAGCGCUGAAUGGGUUGUUAGAGAUACUACGCAAGAAAACGCAGUUUAAAUUUCCAAAGGAUGCACGAACUCUACUACAAACCCAACCUGGUGCUCAGCAAAUAGUGCGUAUAGCGGGAGGCGAGUAUUGGUACCACGGAAUUGCGACAUGUUUACUGAAAUAUUUUGGACGUGUUCAACCAAAAACGACAUCGUUCUCUCUUAACGUGUCCAUCGAUGGUCUUCCGCUGCAUAAUAGCGGCCCAACACAGUUUUGGCCCAUUCUGAUCAAUAUACAAGAAGAACCGAACAUACCCUGCAUGAUUGUAGCCAUUUUCUGCGGAUCAACCAAGCCACUUUCUACAGAAGAGUAUUUACGUCCGUUUGUCACAGAACUGAAGGACUUAAUGGAAAAUGGAAUCAUCAUUGCUGACAAACUAAUCCAAAUACGCGUGCGUGCCUUUAUUGCGGACUCUCCAGCCCGUGCAUUUAUCAAAGGCACUGCAAACUAUAAUGCCAAAAGUGGUUGUCAUAAAUGUACAGUCUUAGGAGAAUAUCACCAUGGCUUUCGGGUGGUGUAUUUUACGUCAGUCGAUGCGUUCCUGUUUCUGAUCAACUGCACAUAA